AUGUCCGCCGCCAAGAGGCUCGUCGUUGCUGGCGGCAAUGGCUUCCUAGGUUCGCGCAUCUGCAAGUUCGCCGUCGCCCGCGGGUGGGACGUCACCUCCAUAAGCCGAUCCGGAGAGCCUCGCUGGGACACCGUAACAGCCUCGACCGCCGCGCCCCCUGGGCUCGCAAGGUCACCUGGGAGCGCGCCGACAUACUACGCCCCGCGACCUACAGCUCCUCCUCGCCGGCGCGACUGCGUCGUGCACUCGACCGGCAUCCUCCUCGAAGCCGACUACAAGGGCAUUGUCCGCGGCACCCAAUCCCCGCUCGACGCCCUGCGCAAGUCCUUUGCCUCCUCCGUCCCGCGUCCCGGCGCUGCCGACCCCUCGCGGCCGAGGACAUCCGACCCGCCGACCCCCGCGACCAAAUGCCGCCGGCGUCCGUACCUUUGGUUUCGUCUCCGCCAUCGCUGGGCCCCCGGCGUGCCGGCCCGCUACCUCACCACCAAGCGCGAGGCCGAAGAGGUGAUUGCGAGCAACUUCCCCAACAUGAGGAACGUCUUCCUGCGUCCACCCUUCAUGUACGACGCCUCUAGGGGCCUUACGCUCGGCAUCGCCGCCGCCACAGGAGCUGGCACCAUCUUCAACUCACUGACCGGUGGCGUAUUCAGCAAGGUCAUGGGCGCUGGCGGCAUGAAACCCGUCAAGGUGGAUACCAUUGCCGAGGGCGCCGUCGAGGCCCUGGAGGAUGAGUCCGUGAGCGGGCCAGUGGAGACGGAGCGGAUCGAAGAGCUGGCGACGAGGUCAUGGAGGAGGAGCAUGUUGUAA